AUGGUAUCGGUACCAGCGUCAGGCCAGGUUGACAGGCCGGCUGAUGGAGAAACCAGUCACAACAAAUAUGACUCAAAGAGUAUCCGUGAUAAAGCUAGGACGUCACCCGGAAAGAGUGGGGCACAGGGCCCUCGCCUGAGUUCUGUGGACAGUACGCGAGGGCUACCGAGGAGUGAACGACCUCGGCCAAAGAAGUUAUUUCGAAUAGGGACUCUAAAUGAGACCCGCUGGAAGGGAGCAGGCCAGAAAAAUUGGAGAGGGUGUCAAAUCUUUUACAACGGAGAAGACACCAAACGAAAUGGUGUGGCUGUAGCAGUGGCACACUCCCUGAAAGACUCUGUCUCCGCCGUCAACAGGGUCAGCAGUCGAAUCAUAUCGGUGAGGAUAGACACGAAAGAGGGGAACUGGACAAUAAUAUCAGUGUACGCACCUCAAACCGGCUGCCCCAUCUACGAAAAAGAUGAGUUCUAUCUGAGCCUUGACGAGACCAUCCGAUCAGUUCCGGAGGGGGACUAUCUUACCAUAGCAGGUGAUCUGAAUGGGCACGUCGGCAGUGAAAGGAGGGGACUGGAAAGGGUGCAUGGAGGUAAAGGUGUAGGAGUCAGAAACGAUGAGGGAGAAAGAGUCCUUGCCCUGGCUAUAGCUCACGACUUGGCAGUCUGCAGCACCUUCUUCGGGAAAAGAAAGUCUCAGAAGGUAACCUACAGCAGUGGAGGGAAAGAAACGGAAAUAGAUCAUGUGCUGGUAAGAAGAUCGUCCCUCAAAACUGUAAAGGACAUCAAGGCACUGCCCGGAGAAGACUUGGCACCACAGCACAGACCUCUUCUAGCAAACAUAGCCAUCGAUCCUCCCAAGAAAUCGAGGACAAGAACGGAACGGAGGAUCCGGUGGUGGAAGUUGCACCAAUCCGAAAGAGAACACCUCAAAGAGAAGAUACUGAAAGCUGGACUUCCAAAUCCCGAAGGGCCGAUCCAGCAGACAUGGAGCAACGCUGUGGAGGUCAUCCUGCGAUGUGCAAAGGAAACGCUGGGGGAAACUCGAGAACACCUGAUCUCUCUGGUGAAGGACAUGUACGAUGGCUCCACCACAACAAUACGCACCCCACACAGCCAAACCGGAGCAAUAGAUGUCACGGUUGGAGUACACCAGAGAUCAGCUCUAAGCCCGUUCCUCUUCCUGCUCACGAUGGACGUAAUCACAGAAGAACUCAUGGGUGGACCACUGAAGACCAUUCUCUACGCUGAUGAUAUCGCUCUGAUAGCGGAGAGCAAGGAUGAACUCCAGGAUAAACUCCAGAAUUGGCAGAGGGUAUUGGAGGAGAGUGGACUCCGGCUGAACAUGAAUAAGACCAAGUUCCUCAGCUCCGAGGAGGGCACGGAGUCAAUCGUCUACGGUCGCGGGAAAGCCAUCGAAAAGGUCCAGGACUUCCGCUAUCUGGGGAGUGAUCCAGCCGCUGAUGGUAGCGUGGACCAGGCCGUGAAAAAAUGGCGAAUAAAUGCGGCAUGGACGAAGUGGAGGGAGUCCACCGGUAUCCUCUGCGACCGUCGGUGCUCCAGGACCCUGAAAGGAAAGGUGUAUCGGACAGUGGUAAGGCCCACGAUUCUCUACGGCAGCGAGUGUUAG